AUGGAGUCUACUCAGUCCUAUCUCCCAAUCUCUCCUGGUUCAGCCCUUGUGGCAUUGGUGACAGUCGUGUUUUUACUUCGUCGAGUAUGGCCUCGCUUAUAUGAACAGAAGAAGAACAGCAAACUUGCCGUUCCUAUUGAAAAUGACCAGAGAUCAGAUUUGGCUGUUUCAAAAGAGCCCGAGGUACCAGAGGGAUGGUGGUCUGACCUGGAUGUGUUCGAGCUCGAACGCCGUGCGCUUUUCAGUCAAUCAUGGAUCUAUCUGGCACAUAUAUCACAGUUCAACAAAGCUGGGGCUUAUCAAUCUUUCGACCUUGCCGGCUACCCUCUCUUUCUGAUCCGAGGAAAAGAUGAUAAGAUCCGCGCUUUUCAUAAUGUGUGCCGCCAUCGUGCCUACACGAUCACCAGGAAAGAGAGUGGCGCAUCGACAGUCCUUGGCUGUCGGUAUCAUGGGUGGAGUUACGAUACCACCGGCCGUCUAGUCAAGGCUCCUCAGUUUGAUGAUGUGCCUGGAUUUGACAAGUCGCAGAACAGUCUGUUUGAGAUUCAAGUACUGACCACUGAUUAUGGAAUGGUUUUUGUGAAUCUUAAUGCCGGGGAACCUGAGCCGUUUGAUGAGACCACUGCCGUGACUUCGGCUGCAUUCUCUCGCAUUUCGGGCUUGAAAGUGAACUCGAUUUGGGCUGUCAGGUCACUCAUGCAGAAAAGCACACGCAUGGAGAAGUCUUUGUUCCCAAUCACUUUCCUGUGCUCUUUUGAACAUAUCGGUCUAUGUUUGGUUCUUUCCAUCCUCCCAGUAUCCGAGGCAAAGUCUAGUAUCCGAUACGAUCUUUUUGCGAGUUCCACUGCGAACAAGACAGAGAACGAAGCCAUGUCAAAUACUUUGAGAGAAGUCACAAAGAAGCUGAUCCGAGAAAUCGAGGACCACUAUCAGGCAGUCUUGGCAAAUCAAGGGUUGGUUUCUCAUCAUCAUCGCUAG